CUUCGUGGAAGAGACACGGUCGCUGCUAAGAAGGCAAACCCAGGAACCGGAUUUCUAUUCCUGCGUUUUCAUUUUUCUUUUUCGACCUUUAAUUUUUUUAAUAGUCGGGACAUUUAGAAUUGGGUGACGGUUCUCAGCAGUUCGUUCAUUUCCUAGUUCCGAUGAUCAUCUGAAAUCGCUGGAGUUAUAGCAACGAGAAGAGGCCCCUGGAUUAAUUUAGGGCGUGAAGGAAUGGUUCAGAACCAAGGAGGCCUGAACAAUUCAGGUUUAGAAGACAGGAAGAGCUUCCCGAGCAGAUAGGGGAAUUUAGGAAUGAACGGCUGUUUGCUCUUCGCUUAAAAUUCUAACGUACAUUUUCAAAACUAUUUAUGGGUUCCAAUUCUCUUGCACUGUUCUGCGAGUCGUUCCCAAAGGUUGCUCAAGUAUCCCUUAGACCUAUGAAUGGAUUUGAAAUUAACAGCAUAGAAUGUUCUAACCCCAAAACAAAAGUGAACUGGAUUACUCAAAUAGUUAGCAAGGAAAAAGUUGGAAAAAGUGCAAAGAUUUAAAGGCUUAACUCUCACGUGAUUGUUUUGCCACGCUUUAUGAACGAUCUUGUUCAUUCUGAAUGAGUGGCCAAGAAAAGAAAUGAGGUUUAGACAGAUAAUACAAGGAGGAUGCAAUUUAGCUGUCACUUUAGAGGAAUCAGAGGGUUUGGAAAAGUAUAAACACAGUGGGUCCGAACACCAUCUGUUGUGAAAGGAUCAGAGUUAAUGUUUCAGAUGUAUGACUAUUUGAAAUGUUUCUCUGAGGAAACGACUAGAGAAAUUCAAACAUAUUUUUGGGAGAUUUAGCCUUCAAGUUGGGAAAGCAUCACGUUGAACAGACUUAGAGAAAAUAAAUGUCGAACGGAAAUAGCAAUUAAGAAGGGUAGGUAGGUCAAGUAUAUUUUGAAGGUUACAGGCACAGUCUGAGAAAAAGAGAAUCAUGAACAGUGACCAUGCGGGAGCCAGAACUGAAUCUCGAGGAGAUGUAGAAAUCCAAAGCAAGAUCUUGUGCUACAAGAGAUUUUGAUUGUGAUGUCUUUUCGAGGAGGUUUUGGUAGAGGAGGACGAGGAGGUGGCUUUGGUGGAGGAAGAGGAGGGCGAGGAGGUGGAGGAUUUCGCGGCAGAGGGCGAGGAGGCUACAAUACAGGAUAUGAUCAGGGACCUCCUGAUAGAGUGGUUGAAUUGGGACAUUUCAUACAUCCUUGUGAAGACGAAAUUGUUUGCAAAUGCACCUCUGAAGAAAAUAAAGUCCCGUAUUUCAAUGCGCCAGUCUAUUUGGAAAACAAAGAACAAAUUGGAAAAGUUGAUGAAAUAUUUGGGCAGCUCAGAGAUUUUUACUUUUCAGUUAAAUUAUCAGAUAACAUGAAAGCUGCUUCUUUUAAGAAACUACAGAAGUUCUACAUUGAUCCAGCUAAACUACUCCCUCUUCAGCGAUUCUUACCUCGGCCACCUGGUGAGAAAGGCCGAGGGAAUGGAGGUCGAGGAGGAGCCCGAGGGGGGCGGGGCGGUGGAUUUGGAGGACGGGGCGGUGGAUUUGGAGGAAGAGGCGGUGGUUUCAGGGGAGGGAGAGGAGGAGGUGGUUUCAGAGGAGGCAGAGGUGGUGGAGGACGUGGCUUCAGAGGUGGAAGAGGAAGGUGAAAUUGCAAAUGUUUGAAGAUUGAGCAGCAACCUCCAAGUUUAUUGCUUUGUUCCUUAUUUUACCAGAUGUGAGCUGCAUCAAGUUGGAAGUUUUUUAUCCUUGAAAAAAAUGUGAUCUAUUGCAUGCAGGAUGUUUUUGUAUUAUUUGCAUUGUAAUUAAUCACAGUUGUAUAUUUGAAAUAAAUGCAUUUGAGGGUCCAGUGUGCCACUCAGAAUUUGUUUGUACAGUGAUAGAAAUAUCAAUAUUCUGAUAAAUUAGUUCUGAACACAUUUGUGCACAAGAAUGCGAAGGAUGUAAGUUGCAUUGUACAAACAUAAUACAAUGAUAUACUGAUUAUGAAAGGUCCACAAAAUAGUACAGCAUGAGAUGAUGUUCCAAUGUGAUAUUUGUUUGAAAAUAAAUGUUUUUACAUAAA